UAUAAAUGUACGGGGUCUUUAUGGGGACCUGACUUAACUUGCUAAUGUUCUCAGCAUGUUUCCAUCGGCAGUAUCAGCGGUACUUGUGGUGUUCGGGAUCAGCCUGGCAGUGAGUGCGCCAGCUGACAGCCUCCGAAGGUCGCCGGAACCAGAGUCUGUCACCAAGGCCAUCUUGGAAGCAAACAAGGGAUUAAACCUGUACUCAGGUGACAUUGCUGGUGUUGAUCCUGACUCCCGCAAUGCUAUCACUGCUGGAAGACGCUGGCCGAACGGAGUGAUUCCUUACGUCAUUGGCAGCGAAUUUACCUCUUCCUGCUCUGACACCAAUGGCAACUGCGCCGGUUGGGCUGCCGCGGGUGAAUGUAACGCCAACCCUGGUUACAUGCUGUCAGAAUGUGCGCAGAGCUGUGGCCUCUGUAGCCGCUCCGCAAGAAGCUGCGCAGACGACCAUGACUCCUGUGCCUUCUGGGCCAGUAUCGGGGAGUGCCAGGCCAACCCUAACUACAUGCUGAACUACUGCCAGCUGCAACACGUGUGACGGGGGUACCGGUGGUGGGAACAAUGGAGGGGACAAUGGAGGAGCAACGAUUCUAACUGCACCUGCCGGUUCGGAGGUUGGUCGGAUCCAGAGCGCCAUUCUCGAGUACAACCAGCGGACCUGUCUCCGGUUUGUGCCCCGGACCAACGAACGGGACUACGUUCAUAUCAAAAGGCUUACUGGUUGCAAUUCGCAAGUCGGUGUUGCGGGCGGGAUGCAGGAGCUGUCUCUCGGUAACGGAUGUCUGGGAACAGGCACGAUCCUGCACGAGCUGAUGCACGCCGUGGGGUUCUGGCACGAGCAUCAGCGGCCGGACAGGGAUGACUACGUCACCAUCUACCGUGAAAACGCUGAAUCACAGCACCGUCACGCCUUUGACAAGCUGUCUAAUUCCCGCACCCUGGGCCUGUCGUACGACUAUGGUUCCAUCAUGCACUACGAGAGCCACGCCUUCAGCACCAACGGAAGGGAGACCAUCGUUCCCAAGCGUCCCUUGAAUGGUAUCGUCCUGGGAGCUGCGCAAGACUUCAGUUCCCUGGAUCUGCAGAAAAUCAACAAGUUGUACGAUUGCAACAAAUAA